AUGGUCUUUGGCUGGCUACUUCUCCUGGUGAUGGCUCUCUCCCUUGUCACAAGAGGCACCAAGGACUGCAUCUUCUAUGAUCUGACCGAGUCCUUGACCUACCCUGGCAUCAACAAAGACUGCAUACUGUCCACUCCCUAUGAGCACCAUGAAGAGCCUGUCACCUACAAGCUAAUCUCCAUCUGCCAUUAUGGUGAACUGUGUAAGAGGGCCCCAGCUCCUGCAGAUCGCCUGAAGGCUGGGAUCACCACAGGCCGGAUGCUGCGUGUGCUGCUGCUACUUCAAUGA